AUGCUGCUGGCCUGCACGGGGCUUCUGGCAUGUGCCGAGCUCUCCCGUGCACUGCGUCUGCAGGCGGAUUUUGGAAUGAUCCCUUUGAGUACGGAGGCGUCCAGCACCGGCCAGCACAGCAAACGGCAACUACAGCACUUGUGCACCGUUGAGGAUGCUGUGCCUUACAGUGCAGGUGAGCGUGGUGCAGCGUGCCCUGGAAGUGCCUUUGGCAGGACCGCAGCCUCUGUGCUGCUCCUGCCUCUAUCAGGUGGAGGCCACGUCUUCUUGGCACCCGGCUACACGACUGCCUGGCCCUUCUGUGCAGCAAGCCCCACGUUUGCAGCAGCGGGCGGCGCGGAGCCGCGGGAGGCCGCGCACACGGCCACGCUCGUGGCGUGCGCCUGCCUGCUGGCGCCCGUCUUCUGCCUGGGCUCCUACGGCAACCUCAUCGUCUUCUUGUCCUUCUUCGACCCGGCCCUCCGCAAGUUCAGGACCAACUUCGACUUCAUGGUCCUCAACCUCUCCUUCUGUGACCUCUUCCUCUGCGGCGUGGCCGCCCCCAUGUUCGCCUUCGUGCUCUUCUUCGGCUCGGCCAGGGGCGUCCCCGGCGCCUUCUGUUUCGCCUUCCACCUUGCCGGCUCCGGCUUCAUCAUCAUGUCACUCAAGACGGUGGCCGUGAUCGCCCUGCACCGGCUGCGCAUGGUGCUGGGCAAGCAGCCCCACCGCACGGCCUCCUUCCCCUGCACCCUGCUCCUCACGCUGCUCCUUUGGGCCACCAGCUUCACCCUGGCCACCCUGGCCACCCUCAAGACCCGCCGCUCCCACCUCUGCCUCCCCAUGUCCAGCUUCGCCAGCGGUGACGGGAGGAUCAUCCUCUACCUGUAUGUGGUCGAUUUCAUCUGCUGCGUGGCGGUGGUGUCCGUCUCCUAUGUCAUGAUUGCGCAGGCCCUGCGGAGGAACGCCCGCGUAAGGAAGUGUCCCCCCGUGGUGACAGCGGAUGCCUCCCGGCCACAGCCCUUCGCCGGGGUCCCCGCCUCAGAGGGCUGCGAGGCGCCUGCCCUGUACAGGAACCAGGCGCAGAGCAAGGCGCAGCCCCUGCGUGCGCACGGCUACGGGCAGCCGCCGGCCCCCGCCGGGCUCCAGCUCGUGCCGGCCCUCAACCUGUCCGCAGCCAAGGACUCAAGGGCGGUGGUGACAUGUGUGGUCAUUGUGCUUUCCGUCUUGGUUUGCUGCCUCCCCCUGGGCAUCUCCUUGGUGCAGGACACGCUCUCCAGUAGCGGGGGCUUCGUGCUCUACCAGUUUGAGCUGUGUGGGUUUACCCUCAUAUUUUUCAAAUCUGGAUUAAAUCCUUUCAUAUACUCGCGCAACAGCGCUGGACUGCGGAGGCGAGUCCUCUGGUGCCUGCAGUACGUAGCCCUUGUCUUUUUCUGCUGCAAGCAGAAGACAAGGCUUCGAGCCAUGGGCAAAGGGAGCCUGGAGGUCAACAGGAAUAAGUCAUCCCACCAUGAAACCAAUUCAGCUUACAUGUUGUCUCCAAAACCUCAGAAAAAGUUUGUGGACCAGGCCUGUGGCCCUAGUCACUCCAAGGAAAGCAUGCUGAGUCCGAAGGCUUCUGCCGGGCAUCAGCACUACGCGCACAGCAGCUCGACGCCCAUGAACACCCGUAUCGAGCCCUACUAUAGUAUCUAUAACAGCAGCCCUUCCCAAGAGGUGAGCACCCCAAAUAGCCUCCAGCCAGUGAACUCGACGUUCGGAUUUGCCAAAUCCUACAUUGCCAUGCAUUAUCAUGCCACCACCGACCUGCUGCGGGAUUGCGACAGCGCUUCCACCAAGCACAUACCAGUGCCCUCGGUGUAA